CGAUGGAGUUUCGUUUCCUCAAAAUUCACACAACACUGUUACCUCGUACGCCAGCGGGGCUGUCAAUCUUAACGUGUGUGUGUAUGCAGAUCUAAUCAUUGCGAGCGAACAGGAGAACGACCUUGCUUGUCGUUGUAAUGUUUGCCUGUGCUCUGUUCUAGAUCUGGAUCUUUUUCGGUGAUAGUCAGAACCCCUCGCCAUGUUGUUGGAGACGGUCCUGUCUCUGAGCGCCACGUCCUGGCUGCUGGUGAUAGUGGGCGUGGUCACACUUAUUUACUUCCUGACCUCCGACAGAGACAACAGAAAACUCCCGCCGUCUCCAGGCCUGGCUUUGCCCAUAGUUGGACAUCUGUACAUGAUGAAGAAAAACCCCAUAGAGCUUUUGCAGAAAUGGAGAGAAAAGUUGGGAGACAUAUUCAUGCUUCGAAUGGGCAGCACUAACAUGGUGUUUCUGAACGGCCAUGACGUACUGAAGGAGGCGCUGGUCAAAAAAGCAGACGUGUUCUCGGACAGACCUCUGGCUGCUCUCAGACAUAUAUUUCCAGAUGUACACAGUGGUAUACUAGCGGCGUCUGGCCCCAACUGGAAGGAACAAAGGACCACUUCCCUGGCCAUUCUCCGAGAGUUUGGGAUGGGCAAAAAUAUACUGGCGGACAAGAUAGCUGAAGAGGUGGAUGUCUAUGUGAAAGAACUGCUCAAACACAAGGGACAGCCCACAGAGCUGAGGUCAAUCACCAACAUGAGUGUGUCGAAUGUCAUCUGCGCCAUUAUCUUUGGCAGGCGGUACGAACUGGACGACAAGCAGUUUGCCAAAAUGAUGUACAUCUUCAACGAAUUGGUAAGAAGAGCGACAUCGACCUCGUUGUUUCAGUUUUUCCCCUUUAUCAUGUUCUUGCCUUUCGACAUGGCCGGAGUAAAGGAUCUCAUUACUUUGUUUAAAGAAUCUCGUGAUUUUACAUUUACAAAGAAAUCUGUGAACACGUUGGAACAAACCGUGUUCCAGGCAUACAGGAUAAAUCCAAACUGAAGUACUUGCAAGCCGUCAUCUACGAAACUCUUAGAAUGGCCAACAUCGUACCCUUGAGCCUGACCCACACGGCCACAGAGGACACUGAGAUCAAAGGCUACGUCAUUCCCAAAGGCGCCACCGUAGUGCCCAAUCUGUACUCUGCCCUCAUGGAUGAAAAAGUCUGGGGAGAUCCUCAGAACUUCCGGCCGGAGAGAUUUUUGGACUCCCAAGGAAACAUUGUGAAGAAAGAAGAGCUGAUCCCGUUCUCAUUGGCUUGCCUCCGAUCAAGGGCGUGUUCGGGAUCACAAUGCCACCGGAACCAUACCAGAUCAGAUGUGUGGAGAGGAAGCAGUUUAACAAUGUUAUUCGAAACGAUUAAAUACGUGUAUGUUUUUAUGUCUGUCUGUUUGUUUGUUUGUUUGAUUGAUUUUUUGUUUGUGUGUUUGUUUGCGGGAGAUAAAAAGAACAAUUACAAUGAUAUGUCAUAAACAAAACCUCGAUUAUCAUCGGCCAGGAGUCCAUAUUUACUAACACCAAAAUAUUGUUGUUGUUGUUUGUUGUUGUUGUUCCUGUUGUUGUUGUUAUUGUUUUUGUUGUUGUUGUUGUUGUUGUUGUUGUAGUCGUCGUCGAUGAUGAUGAUGAUGAUAAUGAUGAUGUUGAUGAUGAUGAUGAUGAUGAUGCUUCAAUUGCAGUCUCUUCAUCCAUUGUAUUGGUUGCAUGUGCUCCAGAAAGAUGUUCUCAAAACUCAGCUUCUAAAUGUUGAAAAGAGCAAGGAAAGAUGCAUAAUGUACAUGCACUUGUUAAACGAAUGAAACCGUUGUUUUUCAAUAGGAUUUCCCCCCGGUUGAAAUAUCUGUCUACCCCUCAACACAAGUCCCUUUUCAAAAAAGAAUUUCCACAUUCCAAGAUAUGUACAGAGCCAAUAUCCCAGAACUAGGAAGAUAAUGUACAGAGCCAAUAUCCCAGAACUAGGAAGAUAUUGUAUCAAGAAACAUGGCAAAAGCUAAACUAUCUUACCUCUCUUUGUACAAGCUUUUAAAAAAGAGAAUAGUAUACACCCCCAACCACUCAUCCUCUUAUUCCCGUUUUCACUUUUUACUGGGGUUGAGAUAUAUUAAACUUUUCAUUUCUCUGUAGGAGUUUGAAUGUGUUUGUAGACGUUUUUCUUUAACUUUGUCUUGUGUCUCAAGUGGUAAUGGCUUGGAGGUAAGGUGGGCGUUUUCUUCGUUGAUUUUUAUUCCUCCUUCUUCCACUCAGGCGCCAACUGGUCGAGUGUUCAGCGAACAUUCCUCGCAAAAAUAAAUUAUGGUAACGUACGGCCCCGCCCACCUUAGGAAACUUUCUACCCGUCGCAAAGCUGCAAGUAUGCACUUGGCGCAGUUCUUGCCUGUCAGCCUUGUCUCACCGAAAAUGCAGUGGCAUCGAUAGGCCCAGUAAAGUGGUUAGGCCAACGGACUCGUAAUGGUAAAGGUGCGAGUUCGGGGGUUCAAGGCUCAGGCCCGACGUUGUGUCCUUGAGAAAGGCACUUUAUAAAAUUUUCCCUCAUCCUUGAGAAAGGCACUUUAUACAAUUUUCCCUCACUUCACCGAGGUGUGAAUGGGUACCCGGCCGUAGACAGAGAAAGAUCUUGUCAGUAUUUUAGUGUUUUAGCGCCUAUAGAUGGCAGUUUUCACUGUAUGGUUUCUGCCCAGAAGGUUGAGAUUGUUUCAGAAUAGUAUCUAGUGGGAUAAUAAUAUAGAUUGUAAAGCGUACAAAGCUUGCUGUCGAGAGGGAAUUUGCGCUUUACAAAUUGCUAUCUAUGGUCUAUUAAAUGGCCUCAUACUUUGCAGCCGAGAAAAAUUCAAAAUGUUUCUAGUGUGUCUGUAUUUAUCAUGGGGAGGGUAGGGGGUCCCUACGUGUCAUGUGUUUGAUCUUUUUUUUUAAAAUUUCUGUUCAUUGCCACUGUAGGCAGUCCUCACGUAUGACAAGUUAACCUCGGCAAAGAACAAGGAGAGUGAGGUGUGCUGGAUGUUUGUAUAAUAAAUAGAUCUAUAUAUGAUAUUGCAUGUUGUCGGACAGCUAUUCAGAUGUACUAAGCUCAAAUUAUUUGGAACGUCUUUUUAUUGUAAUUCCUAAGUCUGGGGUAUUAGAUACUUGUACUUGAAAAAUAUUCUCUCUAAAUUCAAAUUCUAAAUGU